GUGUGUGUGUGUGUUUGUCUGCAUGUACGUACGUACAUACGUAUGUAUCUGAUAGGUUCGGAUAGCGGAAAUGACGGCGCAGCAGCGGCAGGUACGUUGGGAACACGAGGACGAUGUGGCGGAGUGUCGCGCAUGCAGCAAGAAAUUCACCACCGGUGUCAAGAAGCAUCACUGUCGCCAAUGUGGCAAGAUCUUCUGUGCCGAGUGCUCGUCUAAAAGUGUCCAGACGUCCAGCGGUACUCGACCCCUGCGCGUCUGUUCACAUUGCCAUGCUCUCAUUACCUCCGAGUCACCCGUUCUACUGCUGUCCGAGACGAACAGUGCUGCUGCUGCAGCGUCACAACCUGCUGUUGUUGCUGCUGAUGGUGCAGGUGCUGAUGGUGAUGGUGGUGCGCUGGCGGCGGGAGGGACGAGUACCAGUAGUUCUGCCUCAGUGGUUAGUGAUAACGCGUCCAGCUAAAGGUCUGUGUGCGUGUGUGUGCGCACAUGCGUGUGUACUCGUAUGUGUGCACUUUCGCGCAUGUACAAGGGGUUGCAUGCGAUAAGGCAUGGUCUCCAUGCCAUGGUACUUAUACACCCCCCCCCCCCUGCCUUUCUCUCUCUCUCUCUCUCUCUCUCUCUCUCUCUCUCUCUCUCUCUUUACCUCCAUUCCAACACCGUUAUCCUCGUUUCUACUCGUAAAGCGCUCAUGUAACCCCGGACUACUAACCCGCACUCUUCUCUUACCUGUAUUGUUUGCAUGUGCCAGAGAUUUUUAUACGCGUAUCUUGUUUUUAUUAUACCAGCACUGCUGUUCUGCGCAUGGCAAUAUCGGACCGUUGCUCGUCCCCACGUGUAUAUCAAAUUUUCCAGAGUAUAUGUCCUACUGUGUUUUGUGCAUUGGGACCAUCUGCUGUGCCGCUGCAUCAACUGACAAAUAUGGUUCAACUGCUGUUGCCACAUUGUACUGCUACUAACCCGGAUUUGGGGCUUUUCAACCAGAGAUGUUCCGCUGUAAGUUUUAUUUUAUUUUAGCUGCAUUCUUUCCUGCGCUGACUCCUCCGUCAACUCUUCCGACUGUGCAUUGUGAAGGUUUUUUUCUCUCCGAUAUUCUUUUACCGACCAAUGCCACAGUCUCUCUCUCUCUCUCUCUCUCUCUCUCUCUCUCUCUCUCUCUCUCUCUCUCUCUUCUCUUCUCUUUUCUUGCUUGUCUUGCCGAGUUUGGCGAGCUGGUAGUAGCUGGUUUGCUGCCGUACUGCUAAACAUGUAGGCUGCGUUAUUUACUCGCUCUUUA